AUGAAGACCGACUUGCGACAAUUCUCCAACCCUCCGGGGACGACAGGGCCGUACGCUAACCAUCUGGAUCUGGAUGUGCUGAUUGUGGGCGCCGGAUUCAGUGGCAUCUAUUGCCUCCACGAACUCCGACAGCUGGGCCUGAAGACGGUCCUCUUCGAAGCAGCCCACGACUUGGGGGGCACCUGGCGAUGGAACCGCUAUCCGGGGGCACGCGUGGACUCCCAGGUGCCUCAGUAUCAAUAUUCCUGGCCCGAGACCUGGGCCAACUGGACCUGGUCUACCAACUACCCGUCCUACGAUGAGCUCCGUGCCUACUUCGACCACGUCGAGAGCGUCCUAGAUAUCAAGAAAGACUGCGCGCUCGGCACUGUCGUAGUGGGGGCCGAGUUUAACCCCGAGUCUGGACGCUGGAAGAUCAGCACCGAGGACGGUCGUGAGGUCUCUGCCAAGUACUUCAUUGUCGCGACCGGCUUUGCAGCAAAGCGCUACAUCCCCGAAUGGCCAGGGGUUGACUCAUUCCGCGGCCAGGUUCACCACUCUGCCUUCUGGCCGGAAGAAGGCGUUGAGCUGAGGGGGAAGAAAUGUGCAGUGAUAGGCACGGGGGCAUCUGGUGUACAGAUCACACAGGCCCUGGGCCCGGUGGCCAGCUCCCUCAAGGUCUUCCAGCGCACUCCCAACCUGGCCCUUCCCAUGCGGCCUCAACAGCUGACUGCCGAAGAACAAGACCGGGUCAAGCCCACAUAUCCAGAACUGUUCCAGUUGCGUGAAACGUCCUUUGCCGGGUUCACCUACGACUUCUUGGAGCGGGGGGUGUUCGAAGAUGACGACGCGGAGCGCACUGCAUGCCUGGAACGGAUGUGGGAGCUGGGAGGCUUUCGGUACUGGGUCGGUACGUACAAGGACUACCUCUUCGAUCCGAAGGCCAACCGGGUGAUCUAUGACUUCUGGUGCCGAAAGGUCCGCGCGCGCAUUGAGAAUCCGGUCAAGCGAGACCUGCUGGCUCCCUUGGAGCCGCUGCACCCGUGGGGGGUCAAACGCCCUAGUCUCGAGGUCAGCUUUUACGAGGAGUUCAACCGGCCCACGGUGGAUCUGGUGGACGUUCGUACAAACCCGAUCGAAUCAUUCACCGAGAAAGGCGUGCGGAUGGCCGAUGGGACCGAGCACGAGCUCGACGUGGUAUGCAUCGCCACCGGGUUCGACACCUCGACCGGCGCCCUCACCAACAUGGGGCUGCGCAGCAUCCACGGCACAUGGCUGAAGGAAGAAUGGGCGGCUGCGGUGCACACGCACCUGGGCCUGACGAUCCACGGCUACCCCAAUCUCUUCUUGAUGUAUGGACCUCAAGCCCCGACGGUCCUCUCGAACGGGCCGACCUGCGUCGAAGUGCAGGGUCGAUGGAUCGUGGACACCAUCAAAACCAUGGAACGGAGGGGAAUCAAGUCCAUCGAGCCGACACUGGAGGCCACCCAGGCCUGGAAACAGACCAUUGACGGGCUGUCGAACCGUACCCUGUUGUCCACCACGCGGUCCACCUACAUGGGGGGCACCUUUCCCGGCAAGCCGUUCGAACAGUUGAACUACUCGGGCGGGGUGUAUAAUUAUCGCCUGGAGAUUCGAAAGGCACUGCCGAGUUUCGAGGGGUUUACGGUUGUUAUGGAAUGA